AAUAAAUUAAGUAAUUAAAUUAAAUUUUAUUAUUUAUUUUUUAUUCCAAAAGUUUGAAUUUCUAAAUAUAUAAUUAUUUUAAUCUAUAUAGUAGCGUUGUACGGAUACUACAAAACAUAACGUGAGGUAGAAAAAGAAAAAAACUCGCGGAGAAUCUUACAAACCCUAGCUGCGUCGUAGCAACCGCCGUCUCCGGCCAGGCACCGCCUGAAGAUUCGCCUCUCUCAUCAAACUUAUUCGUUACCAAGUGAAAUUUCCUUCCAGCAUGGCAACAAGAUUGCAAUACGAGAACAAUUGCGAAAUUGGGGUUUUCUCGAAGCUAACCAAUGCUUAUUGCUUAGUUGCAAUUGGGGGUUCUGAGAACUUUUAUAGUACAUUUGAGGCCGAGUUGGCUGAUGUAAUUCCAGUGGUUAAAACUUCUAUUGCUGGCACUAGAAUCAUUGGACGUCUCUGUGCUGGAAAUAAAAAUGGUUUGCUUUUGCCUCACACUACUACUGAUCAAGAACUACAGCAUUUGAGGAAUGCUCUACCAGACUCGGUUGUUGUUCAGCGCAUAGAGGAGAGAUUGUCUGCUUUAGGAAACUGCAUUGCAUGCAAUGAUCAUGUUGCUCUUACUCAUCCUGAUCUCGACAGGGAAACUGAGGAAAUGAUUGCUGACGUUCUCGGGGUUGAAGUUUUCCGGCAGACAAUUGCUGGUAAUAUACUCGUGGGAAGUUUCUGCGCAUUUUCCAACCAAGGCGGUUUGGUCCACCCGCAUACUUCCAUUGAGGAUCUAGAUGAACUGUCGACCCUUCUCCAGGUUCCACUGGUGGCGGGGACUGUAAAUCGAGGUAGCGAAGUUAUAGCUGCCGGCUUGACAGUCAAUGACUGGACAGCAUUCUGCGGAUCGGACACAACUGCAACUGAAUUGUCUGUUAUCGAGAGUGUUUUCAAGUUAAGAGAAGCUCGACCCAGCGCACUGGUCGAUGAGAUGAGGAAGUCAUUGAUCGAUACGUAUGUCUGAACCCGACCUUCGGCUGUUGCUCAUAUUCUUAUUAUUUACAGAUAUACGUCUUUAUGAAUGUGGAGAAAUGAAACUACAGUUCUGCCCUUCAUCUACUGUUAAUUUUGGAUCUUUAAUUUUGUACACAUUUUGUUUGAUCCUUUGGCAAGAUUGUUUUCACUUUGUUACCCACGUAUGGGACUUCUUUUAGUUUGUUUUUGCCAUUUA